AUGGUUCGCAUAAAGGAAAGGUAUCUCCUUGUCAACAUUGUUUACCUGCCAGACCCUUCAAAGGCUGCAAAAUCAAAUUUGCCAGACUUUGUUCUGAACCACCAACCAACCAUCGAAAAGCUCACUCCUGGUGCACUUAUCAGGGGUAUCAAGGCUGAAGUCGCGUCACUUUAUGGCGACUGUGGAUCUGGGGCUUUAAUGGGCUGCUCAGCAACCUCAACUUUCAUCCUACGAUGUUCAAGGGCUCACUAUCAAAUGCUUUGGUCAACAUUGACCUUUAUGGAUCAUGUUCCCGUCAAAGACGGACGGUCGUGUAUCUUUCGCGUUGUACGCGUCAGUGGGACAAUUCGCAAAGCUGAGGAAGAAGCCAUUCGUCAGGCCAAGAGACUCAUCCUUGCUGCAAAGGAGGAUACGGACUCCCAAUCUUCUCUCAGCCUUUCGCUGCGUAAUCAGGACGAAAUGGUUCUGGACGUCAACGACGCGUCGAGUGAUGAAGACAUGGAUGAUGCGGAUUGA